AUGUCUCGAUUCGGACGAGAGUGGCCCGAACGUGCCAGUGCGCCUGAGUGUACUGGAAGGAGAACCACGUCGUUUCCGUGCCCCAUCGACACGGCGACCCGUGAACCAAUCACAGCCGUGUGGUUCCAUGUCACCACCCACGCCAACCAAGAAUAUGGCGGCUCUCCUCACUACACCAACGGCCAUUUGCAGGCAAAGAAGGUGUACGCGAUUGAAGCGCCACAUGGGUCCUCUCCAACGGCGGCGGUGGGAGGAAGUACCGGCCUGGUGGACGGAGCGCACUGGAAGCAGCCAUCUUGGUCGGGCAGGGCAUUCUUCUCGUUGCUAAGUGACCCUCCCGCUUUGCGGCUCAACCGCUUGGAGCGCACCGACAGUGGAAGCUACGUGUGCAACGUCACUUACCGCGAUAACGUCACUUCCGAGGUCAUGGUGGUGACUGAGUCUCGCACAGACCUAUUCGUAGCCGGUGACCACGACGUGGCUCUCACGUGGUACCACAACGGCACGCAAAUGAGGUCGUCACGCGGAACAGUUGCGACCUCUGACGGUGGCUGGAGGAACCUCGUCACUCUGGGUCCGUUGACUCGCCGUGAUCUGCACUCUAACGUAACUUGCCUGGCGACAAGCAACGUCUCACUGCCGGGGGCGACCACAGUGCUGCUCGACUUAUACUUGGCUCCGACGGCUGUGACCAUCUGGAGCUGGCCUGCUCACCAGACUGACACCCCUGCAGUCUCUGUGGAAUCUUUCACUGGGGCCACUCAACACCCGCUACCAAACAAAUCUGCCCCCAUAAUUACUACGACCGGACCCGGUCUUUCUCUGCUCGAUCGAGAAGCCACGUACCGCGAGGCCACGGCUGCGAUAACCUUAGGCCCGCAGUCUGGGUUCUCCAACACCAAGAGCUUCGAGUGCGAAGCUAGCGGAAGCCGACCGGCGGCAAAUGUCACGUGGUUCCUCGACGGAGUCGCGGUAGACCCGAAGCUCAGUCGCAGCGUGUCCGUGGGCAACGCGACCACCAGCAUCCUCCUACUUCCGGCUUCCGCGCAGUCAGGACGGCUCCUGGAGUGCCGGGCAAUCAACGGAAACCUACCCGAAAACAGAGGCGUGCUGAGCCGCUUCCUGAAGGUGGACACGUCGCACAAAACGGAGGUUGCCAUUCGCUUUGGGGUGGGCAUCAACGCCAGCCACAUCGCUGAAGGUUCCGAUGUCUACAUGGAGUGCUCGGUACUCGCGGCUUCCAAGGUCAUCGAUGUCAGCUGGCGCCACGAGGGAACGCAGAUGAAGGGUCUCGCUGGUGGCGAUGGUCUGUCAAAUGCUUUUGUCACGUCUCGCUACCUGGUUAUCCGAGGAGUGACCGCCGAACAGUCUGGACAAUACACCUGCACGGCCCACACCGCUGAUGGCGAGAGUGUGGAGAGCAUUCCACUGGAACUUCGAGUCAGACAUGCGCCACGUUGCAGGGCUCGUCGAAACAAGGUCCUGGCGGUGAGGCCUAAGGAGCAAGUAAACGUGACCUGCGACGUGAGUGCAGAUCCAGAUGAAGGGUUGCACUUCUUUUGGAUUGCCGAAGACAACGCCGGCGAGAGACGCCACGUGACGAGGACGGAGGGCGCCACCCCCGACCCCCAGGACGCCCAGUCGGGAGAACGACUUGCGGAACUGCGGAGAUCGAACCAGCUUGAAGUCUUCAUCGAUGCCCACUGGUUCCACGCGACGCUGCUCUGCUGGGCGAGGAACGCUGUGGGAACGCAGCGCGAGCCUUGCAGGCACCGGUUUCAGUUACGACGUGGGCGAGCAUCCAGCCUAGACUGCGCCGUGGGAAACUACACGGACACCUCUUUCUCCAUCACGUGUUCUCGUCGACAAGGUCGUGUCUGGAGUGGCGAGGACGGCGGAGUGAAAGCGACCAAGACUCGACUACGCGUCGACCUGUUCGACGCGACAACGGGAAAUCGGUCGGUGCGUGGAUUCUGGGUCACCACUACCGAGAUUGGCAGGGACCAGCUCUCCUUGACCGGUCUCAAACCGGCAACGGAAUACCUGGUGCUGGUGAAGCUGGAGAUGGAAGCGAACGCGUUCGCCACUUACGUCAGAACUCUGGUGCCCACCCAGACUCUCAUUGAACGCGAAGAGCUGGAAUCUACAGAGGACACCUCCACGCUUCCUUUAAACGACACAACGGUCCUCGUCAUAGUCUGCGUAGCUGCGGCCGCCACGUUAGGCGUAGCGGCGGUCACUGGAGCGGCGCUGUGGUUCAAGUACCACCGGAGGAGAUCACGGCUUCUGAACGCCGCUGCGGUCCUAAAGCACGCUGAACACAAGGCUUACUUCACUGCGGACGUUUUGUGCAGCUGA